CAUUGUGGGAUGGCGAUGGCCGCCAUGAGGGCCGUGUACCUGCUGCGCUCCGCCGCCCCCCGGGCCCGGCCCGGCACCUACGUGGGGUUCACGGUGGAUCCGCGGCGGCGGCUGCGGCAGCACAACGGCGGCAGGAGGCGGGGGGGGGCCCGCAGGACCAGCGGGAGGGGGCCCUGGGAAAUGGAACUUUUCGUCCACGGCUUCCCCUCCGACGUCGCCGCCCUCAGGUUUGAGUGGGCGUGGCAGCACCCAAGCUCCUCCCACCGCCUCUUUGCCCCGCCCCCGCGCCGCCCCCGGGAGCAGCCAAUCAGCUUCGCCCUCCGCGUGCUGCCCCGCCUCCUCCGGGCCCCGCCCUGGUCCCGCCUCCCGCUCCGGAUCCGCUGGCUCCGCCCCCCGAGCCCCGCCCUGGAGCUGGCCCCGCCCCCUCACGUGCUGCAGGAGGAGGGGGCGGGGCCUCCGCGCCUUAAAAGGAGAAAGGGGCGGAGCCAAGGGACGGCCGCAGGCGUGGAUGGGUGUGGCCUCUGUGGGGAGGACCUGGCCACGCCCCUUCUGCGCUGUCCCCGCCCCCCGUGCUCCAUGGCCGCCCAUCCCCCGUGCCUGGCCCGGCUCUUCCUGGCGCCGGAGCCGCGGCAGCUGCUGCCAAUCACGGGCGCCUGUCCCCGGUGCCACGCCCAGCUCCUCUGGGGGGAUCUGAUUCGUCGCUGCAAGGGGGAGGCGGAGCCUGAGGAGGAGUGGGAGGAGCCUGAUGACAUCAUCAUCCCCAGCUCCGCCCCCACAUGAAGCCACGCCCACACAGAAGGUUUUUUAAUUCAUUUAUUUAUAAUAAAAUCAGUUCAUUUAUAACAAA